GCCGAGGGGAUUGCGAAGACGGAAUCGAUAGUGUGAAUCAACGGGUGAUGCAACUCGAGGGGCACUUUCCAUUAUGCAGUAUCAAGUCGAGACCGAGCUCGCGCCUGCUCUGCACGGCAGCAUCCUGUUGUGCCGUGACGAGGCCACCGAUUCACUUGUCGCGAUCAAACGGGUCGUAGCCACCGCCGACGCAUUUGCCGAAGCGCGGGUGCAUCUUCGCCUGGCCCAGCAUCGGCACGUCCUUCCCAUGCGACGGAGUUUCCACAUCGACGGUAAUCUCCACAUGGUCUUCGAUUACUGCCCGAACGGUGACCUGUACACGGAACUGAAGCGCCACACACGGUUGCCCGUGUCGAGAGCACUCGAUUACAUGGCCCAAGUAGCUAGCGCCGUCCAACACAUGCACAUGCAAGGCGUGGCCCACCGUGACUUGACGCUUGAAAACGUCCUCUUGGAUGCGAAAUGGAGCUGCCGCGUCUGCGACUUUGGGCUUGCCGUCAUGUUGCCAGUGGCAUGCAACGAUCGCGUGGGGAAGGUGCAAUACAUGGCCCCUGAAGUUUAUGCGUGCGAAUCGUACGAUCCCUGCAAAGCGGACGUGUGGUCCGUCGGAAUCAUGCUAUUCAUGCUCAUCACGGGUGUGCCUCCCGUGAACCUCCCGUGCGUCACGGACAAACGUUUUGCCAUGCUGGAGGCCUACGGCGUCCAUUCGCUCGUCAACUUGUGGCACAUGGAGUCGCUCUUCUCCGAAUCCGUCAUGGAGCUGAUUGAGACGAUGCUGGAAGUGGACCCAACACAGCGGCUCUCCAUGAAGGAAGCCGCGAUCGCCCUUCGCGCCGAGCUCAAGUGCUUCAAGCAUGCAUCAACGACGACGACAUUAUGGGACGACUUGUGGCACCAACCGUUUGUUGCAAGUUCGCUAACUUAACACAUAUAUUUAUUUCCUUCUUGGU